AUGUUCAGUGCUGAAAGUCAUUUUUCUUUUCUUUUAGUUUCAACUGAUUUGAAAGCACAAGUGUGGUUAUUAUUAGCUCGUUAUAGUGAACAGAAUUCUCCUCAUGAAGCCGUUUUUGAAAUGUAUAAACAAGCUCAAGAAGCAGCUCCACAUUGGGAAGAAACACAUUUUCAUUUAGCACAAUUUUAUGAUACAUUACUUUCAUCAUGUAUUGAAUCCGAUCCAACAUCAUCGAAUUCUACUGCAACAACAACAACAAAUAAUUUUCUAUCAUCUAGUGGACUUUCAUUAGAAAAUAAAUUACGUAUGAUGGAAUAUAUUCGUUUAGCUGUUAAUACAUAUUGUCGUUCAUUAAAAUAUGGUUGUGAAUUUAUCUAUCAAUCAUUAACACGUUUAUUAACAAUAUGGCUUGAUUUUGCAUCUGAUCUUGUCCCAUUUAUUAAACCAGUACCAACAACAACAUCACGUAAACAACAACCAUUAACAGUUGCAGCAACUAAUUUACCUGAUGCAGCACAAAUUAAACAAUAUGGACAAGCAAAAUUAACUGAAAUAACACGAGAAGUAUCGUCAUGGACAACACGUGUACCACCUUAUUUAUUUCUUGCUGCUUUUCCUUAUAUGGUCUCACGUAUAUGUCAUAGUGAAGAUAUGACAUCAAAAGCUUUAAAUUCCAUUAUAACCCAAGUAUUUGCUGCUUUUCCUCAACAAACAUUAUGGAUGAUGAUUAAUUUAUAUGGUUCAUCGAAUAGUAUGCGACGUGAUCGUUGUAUUGCUAUUUGGAAUGAAGCUUCGAAUAUUGAACCUGGUUUACAUGAUUUUGUUGUUGAAGCAACAGUACUUAUCAAACAACUGGAUACAUUAUGUAUGCAUGCUGUUACAUAUGGACAAAAUAAAAUAAGUUUAUCAACACAAUUUAAAUCAUUUAAACGUUCAUAUGCUAAUCAAUCAGCAUGUCCAAUUCUUAUACCAAUUCAAUCACAAAUGCAAGUUUGUUUACCACCACCACCAGUAAGAUUUUCUCUAUCGACAACAUUAGCACAUGUUCAACAACAACAACAAAUAAACAAUGUUGAUCUUCCAUCAGAAACAGCAGUAAAAUUAACAGCUAUGGUAAAUAAACAAGGUUCAUUAGGACGAGCAACAGCAAGAAAAACUGCACAAGUAGGAUCAACAACAACUGGAACAAAUAGAAUGCCACAAAAAACGUAUUAUGAUGCACGACAUCAACCAUUUUCUGAUGCUGUUGUGACGAUUCAGAGUUUCGAAGAUACUAUUGAAGUAUUAUCAUCAUUACAACGACCAAAAAAAAUUGUUAUACAUGGUAGUGAUGGACAAUUAUAUCCAUUUUUAUGUAAAUCUCAAGAUGAUCUUCGUGUUGAUUCACGUUGUUUAGAUUUUUGUCAUUUAUUUAAUAAAUGUUUAAAGAAAAAUAGUGAGACACGUCGUCGUCAAUUAAAUAUUCGUACAUAUGCUGUUUAUCCAAUAAAUGAACGUUGUGGAUUAAUUGAAUGGUUACCUAAUUUAUGCACAUUUCGUUCAUUAGUAACAAAAUUUUAUCGACAACGUAGUUCAAAUUUUUCUGAAGUAUCCAAUCGAGAAAUAAAAGUUUAUGGCAAUAGUAAAGAUAAAACAAAAGAAACUCGUUAUAAUGAUUUCCUUAAAUUAUUGGCUUUUCAUCAACCAGCUGUAUUUCAUCAAUAUUUUUUUGCUGCCUAUCCUGAUCCAAAUCGUUGGUAUAUAAGUCGAAUGAAUUUUGUUCGCUCAACAGCUGUUAUGUCAAUGAUUGGUUAUAUAAUGGGUUUAGGUGAUCGACAUUGUGAAAAUAUUCUUAUUGAUACAUGUACAGGUGAAACAGUUCAUGUUGAUUUUAAUUGUUUAUUUAAUAAAGGCUUAACAUUUGAAAUUCCCGAAAAAGUUCCAUUUCGUUUAACACAUAAUAUUGUUGAUGGUAUGGGAACAUUAGGUGUUGAAGGUGUAUUUCGUAAAACAUGUGAAAUUAUUUUACAUUUAAUACGUAAUGAACGUGAAUUACUUGUAUCAGUGUUGAAAACAUUUAUUUAUGAUCCAUUAGUGGAAUGGAAAUCAGCAACAAGAGAAGAAGUUGCUAAUAUGAAAAAACAACAAAUUGAAGGUGGAGAAGUUGUUAAUAUGAAGGCUCAAACACAUGUGAGAAAUAUAUUAGAACGUGUACGAGGUUAUUGUACAGAUGAAUUAACAGGUAAACGUGUUGUAUUACCAUUAUCGGUUGAAGGACAAGUUGAUCAUUUAAUUCAACAAGCAACAAGUAAUGAAUUAUUAUGUCAGAUGUUCAUCGGUUGGGCGGCUUAUUUAUGA